UCUUGAGGACAAGUCGGAGCACUUUGCAGCCCCCCAGCCAUGCCUGGGUUUCACCUGAGAAGCCUGGUAAUUUCAACUCUGAAGAAUUCAUAGCAAUGUCACCGGUCAAGUCCCAAGGUAGAACAAAUGCAACGAAGCAGAGGGCAGCAAAAAAAGGAAAGCAACAAAAAGAUAUGAGACAGAAUGGUUCCAAAGCAUCCCAGCCUCCCUCUAAAGAGUCUAAUGGAAAACGAAAAGGUAAAGGGAAUUUACCAACUCUGGAGGAUGGAAAGACAGAUGUAGUGAAGAGUAAUAGAAGGAAUAAAGCAGAUCAAAGUAAAAAUAGAGGUACAGAACAAAAGGGACCACAGAAACAAGCGGGGAGCACAUUAGGAAAUGGGACAACUGCAAAUAGUAGCUCACAAUCUCAAUAUGGGAAAGAUGGUAAGAUUACAGGGGGCAUAAACAAGACCACCAAACUCAAACCUUCACCAAAAGCACCCCCAACCACGCAAGGGAAGAUCAAAAACAAGCUCCCCACCAAGCCUGAAAAUGAGAGAAAUGACACUGUGACAGAGAGUGAGGAGGAGGAAUCAGAGAACAACGCAGGAAGUUCAGUGCAGGUGACGGAAGAGGAAACCAGUAGCGAUGAGAAGGAGGUGGAGCAGGACAUUAAAGAAGAGCCAGCUGAGACGCAGGGGAGUGAGGAGAGCAGUGAGGAGGAGGCUGAGGCAUACGAUACCCAAAGAGAUACAGAACACACAGCAAACGAGGAAUCAGACAAAGAGCUUUCAGACAAAGCCAAAUCCAGGAGUGACUCUGUGGUCAAAUCAGUCGCAUCCAGUGAGGAAGAAGAAGAAAACCAGAAGGAAGUUGAUGUAUCCGAUGCAGUCAUCAGUGAUGAGAGUGAAGACAAGGACAUAACCCAGGAGGACACGUCUGAAAAGCCAACUGCUGAUAAAGCCUGCAGACAACGCAGACAGACGCCACGUCUCUCGAAACCUGCGCAAGAGUCGAAAUACAAGAUGUUUAAGAAAACAAAGGCAGAUAAGCAGGCGGAGAAGGCUGAGAAACAGAGGGCCAAAGCGGAGAAGCAAAGGUUAGAAAGGGAAGCCAAACAAAAAGCCAAGGAAGACAAAAAGAACAAAAAGAAGCCACAAAAAGAAGACAAACCUAGUUCUGCAACAUAUGAGAUUCAACCACCAAAAGGUCUUUCCCUCAACAAGGCUGACAUAGCAAAAGGUAAGACCAAAUUAGCAGACAAAACAAAAAAUAUUAAUGAGAAGGAUGCUCCUGUAGAAGUUGAUUCAGCUGAGGAGGGGGAGGAGGAGGAGGAGGAGGAAGAAGAGGGGGAGGGGGAGGCUGAACCAACACUGACCAAAGCCAUCAAAGGCCAAAACAGAAUUAUGCUUCUCAAAGCCAAAGGUAAAGACCUCAAAGCCAUUCUGGAGCCUGAGGAGCAGCAGGACCCAGGAAACAUCAUCAAAGGGCAGCCACAGAGGUUGCUCUUGGGGAAGGUCAAAAUGACAUCUCUCAGACACAAAGCAAACAAGAUGUUAGCACAACCCAACGGGGAAACAUCAGAGGGUGAGGCCCUUGACGGGGGGUCCAGCAAACCCAAAGAAUGUUUGAUAGCACGUAGAAAAAGUAUGACCACUCUUCGCCGAGUGUCUGGUUGGAUUCAGAAGAAAAUGCCAGGGGGAUUAAACUUGAGAAAGAAGCUUUCUGCUUGGACUAAAGCCAUCGGGGUUUCCCACUGGCUCUCCCUUCGGGCGAUAAAGCAGAGACAAGGACAAAAAAAAACCAAGGGCAAUAUCCUCAAACACAGGAUGGCCAUGAGAGUUGCCAGUAAAACUAACCUGGCCAGUAAGAAAAGUAGGAGCUCCACUGAGGAUAAAAUGGCUAAAGACAAAGCCUGCCUACAGGAAAAGGCAGGGGAUGGAAGGGAAGAAGUGUCCCCAGCUGGGGAGAAAGAGGUAGAGGCCAAAUACGCUGUGGUACUUCCCAGGAUGAACAAACUUGGCAAGGCAAAGACAAUUGAGGUGCCCCAGGCAGCUCCUGGACCUUCUACUUCAUCAAGUACAACAAUAGGAGAACCCACUGCAUCAGAGCCCAAACCUCCAAAACCAGGGGCCAGGCUCGUGCUCCCUGUCAAACCAGAUCUCAGCCUCCUGAAGUCUAUCAAAAAGCCUUUGCUAGGAAGGUUAACAUCAGGUGGAGAUGUGGCAGAGAGGAGCCCUGGGUCCAGUGGUACACCAGAAGCAUCAUCCAACACUGAGGAUGGAAACAGGAGAGCUGCCCUAGACAAUCAAGUUGGAGUCAGUGUGGUACAUGCUGCAAGAGGAAAACUGGACCCCUCCCAGAUCAAACUGGCAAAGAUGUCCUUGCAAGGAGGAACGAUAAGUGGUAGACCAAGUCGGGCUAAGGAACCAGACCCAGAGAGAGAGGCAGGGAUACCCAGGUCCACCACUCAGCCCUUUCCAAAUGGGGAGGCAAGUACAGUGACGUCAGGUGUCCGGUCCCUGUAUGAAGAAGAGGCAGACAGUGAAGUGGCCCAGCUGAUGGGUGAGGGGGGUAUAUAUACUAAUGCCCAACCACAGAUGCACUGGGCUGGGAACCCACGGAUGAGUGGAGACCCUCAGGACUGGCUGCGUGCUGAGAACCUGUUGCCCCACCAGACGGUGGAGAAGCUAACCAAGUGGACAGUCUAUGAUGAUGGGGGCCAGGCCAGAACUGUUCCUGCCCACAAUGGCAGAGGGCCCUGGGAAUCAGAGGACCCUACCCAGGAGAUGCUAGAGAGUCGACUAGUCAGCACACAGGUGGUGAUGCCUGGCAGCAAAAGAGCUGUAGAGGUUGAUGAGGUGGAGGAUCUGUCCCAGCUGGAAGAGGUGUGCGAGAGCUCUGUGCUUCUGAAUCUGAAGAAGAGAUUCCACCGUGACUGUAUUUAUACUUACAUUGGAAACAUGCUGCUGUCUAUUAACCCCUUCAAGCCCCUUAACAUCUUCACAGAGGAGCUGAGACAGAAAUACCAGGGCAAAGAGCAGCAGAGAAACUCACCCCAUGUGUAUGCCAUAGCCGACACUGCUUUCAGUCAGUCUCAAGCCUUCACACAGGAGCAGUGCAUCAUUAUAAGUGGUCAGAGUGGUUCAGGGAAGACUGAAGCUACCAAGCUGAUUGUCCACUACCUCAGCUCCAUGUAUCAGGGCAGAAAUGACAACCUGCGCCAGCCCAUGGAGGUCUUUCCCAUCCUGGAGAGUUUCGGGAAUGCCAAGACCAUCCUCAACAACAACUCCAGCCGCUUUGGCAAGUACCUCCACAUCCACAUUCUCCAUGGGGUUGUUGUAGGGACCUCAUUGUCCAAAUAUCUCCUUGAGAAGUCCAGAGUUGUCUUUCAGGCCAAUGAGGAGAGGAACUACCAUGUGUUCUAUGAGCUGCUGGCAGGUAUGAACGACUGGGACAAACAGGAGCUCUACCUGCAGGGAGCCGAGACCUAUUACUACCUAAACCAAGGUGGUUUCUGUGAAUUGAAGGGGAAGCAGGACAAGCAGGACUUCCAGCUUUUGGUUCAGUGUUUUGAGACCAUCGGUUUGCAUGCUGACCAGAUCUCAACCAUCUGGGCCAUUCUCUCCUCUAUCCUGCAGCUCGGCAACAUGUGCUUCAGCUCAUAUGAGAGCGAGUCGUUUGAGGUGGCUCGUAUCUUCAGCGAGGCUGAGGCCAGGAGGGUUGGCUGCCUCUUGCAAAUUUCCUCCGAGGCCCUGCAGACUGUCAUCACUCACAGAGUCACAGAGACAACCUACGACAGGAUCUACUGCCCUCUGUCUGUGGAAAGUGCCAUAGAAUCCAGAGAUGCCAUUGCCAAAGCCUUAUAUUCAGUGCUGUUUGACUGGUUGCUGGAGCAGAUCAAUGACUGGCUAAGUCCCACAGAGAUGGACAGUACUGUGGGCAUAGUGGACAUCUACGGGUUUGAGGACCUGGGAGUGAACAGCUUUGAGCAGCUGUGUAUCAACUUUGCCAAUGAGCAGCUGCAGCACUUUGUCAACAAGGCAGUGAUCGCCCAGGAGCAGGAGGAGUACAGUGCAGAACAGAUCCAGUGGUAUCCCAUGCCACUCAAGGACUUCCACUCCUGUCUGGAGCUGAUCUCCUCCAGACCACACGGCAUCCUGCGCAUACUGGACGACCAGACUUGCCUCCCCCAGGCCACUGACCACACCUUCCUCCAGAAGUGCCACUACCACCAUGGGAACAGCCCCUACUAUGCCAAGCCUAAGAACCCACUGCCAGUCUUCACUAUCUAUCACUAUGCUGGAGCUGUCACUUACCAGGUUCACAAUUUCCUGAAUAAGAACCACGACCAGUUCAGGACAGAAGUGGUGGAGCUUUUCGCCAGGAGUCGGUUAAAGAUGGUGUCAGAGCUGUUUCGGAAGGUUCAGGAUGGGUACAUUCAGCAGAGAGAACUGGGCUGGAGAGGGAAGGGCCUCCGUCAGCAGCCCUCCACUGCUGCCUCACACUUCCUCCAGUCCCUGACCGAACUCACCACCCGCCUGGAGAGAUGCAAAACCACUUUUAUUCGUUGUUUGAAGCCAAACUACGUCAAGCUUCCUGGGAUCUUUGACGUAGACUACGUGUCGGCUCAGCUGAGGCAUGCUGGGAUGCUGGAGACCAUCCACAUCAGGAAAGAGGGGUUCCCCAUACGUAUACAGUACUCCUACUUCAUUGAGAGAUAUGGAGUGCUGCUGACCCAGCGCUUGAAUGAGACAGACAGUGAGCAGACGGUGGCUCUGCUGGACAUGGUUGGCGCAGAGGAGGGACAGUACCAGCUGGGACUCACCAAGGUGUUCCUCAAGGAGCUGCUGUACCAGCAGCUGGAGGAGAAGUGGAGCAGCACCCAGACCUGGGCUGCUAUUACCAUCCAGAGGAACAUCAGAGGCUUCCUCUGCAGAAGGAACUUUAAGUUCUUCAAACAAAAAGCCAUCAUCAUCCAGAGCCACAUCCGAGGACACCAGGCCAGGAAGUACUACAAGCGUCUGAGACAGUCCUUCACCCAGUUCUGGGCGGUGAUGAUGAUAACCAGGAACACCAUCAAGAGACGCCAUUGGAGGAAGGAAUUUCACGAGAAGAACAAAGUAAAGGCAGUGACAAAGACUAAGUCUGUCUCUCCAGGAAUGGAUGUGGGGAUGUUGGAGAUCCCUGCUGAGCUGUCAGCCAGACUUCGCAGUGCAGGAGGGCGGCCGCCAUCAUCAGGUGUGACAGAGGUCGCACCUCCACAGGUGAAGGCAGAACACAAGCUCACCCUGCCUCUGGAUAUAGACAGAUACCCAUUCUCUCGCUAUGCCAAGUCCAUAUUAAAGGAUACAUGGUCCCAGCCUCAGGGAUACCCCCUCCAGAGCCCCCUCACCCCUCUGGAGCCUGAAGAUGCCAGAACUGCCCUGGAGAUUUACAAACUGAUCUUGCGUUUUACAGGUGAGUCAGACCUCACUGGCUGGCAGGAGCAGAUGUUGGGUAACUACAUAGUGGAGAAGGGUCAGAGCCGGCCAGCCUUGAGGGACGAGAUCCUGGCACAGUUGGCCUACCAUACGUGGGGACUGCAGGAGGAGCACGGCAGUCUGAGGGGCUGGUUGCUGCUCGCCUGCUGCCUCAGUGCCUUCACACCCUCACCAACGCUGGACAAACCCCUGCUCAAGUAUGUGUCAGACCGUGGUCCAGGGGAGUACCGCUCACUGUGCCAACACAAACUGCUGACAUCUCUGCAGCUGCCUGCUCCCACUGCCCGAAUCUACCCCCUGACCCAGCUGGAGUGGACCACCAACCAGAGGAAGGGCACCAUGCUGCUGGAUGUACACACCUUCAAUGAUGAAAAGCUGACGGCUGAAGUGGAGUCAUGGACCACAGGAGAGCAGCUGGCCUCGUGGCUUCUUCAUUUCAGAGGUGUGAAAGAGGCGGUGCAGGGCUGGUCGGUGUCUCUUCUGACUGAUGAAGGCUGGUCAGACCUGGCCGGCUCGGACUUUGUCAUGGAUCUUCUGGCUGGAGCUGAAGCUGAAGUGAUGCCACCCCCAGGGACUCCCUCCUCUACAAACUCUGACUACCUGUUCAGCAGCCAAGGAGACAGAAUGCCAGUUACAGAUCUGGAUUUCAUCCCACCAGCACCUCCCAUGCAAGCUCCUGGGCUGCCUCCUUUUGAGGGACGCCCCUGGGGAAGAGAUUAUCCACAGGAAGGCCGUGGUCGACAGAUUGAUGCCUAUGUUGAUGACUUGUUUGACCCUGUGCUGGACCAAGGACCUCCGGACAUGGAAAGAGUAGCCAUGCUAAACCGCAGGAUGAGAGGAGGAGGAGGGAUUGGACCAAUGCAACCUGGCAUGUAUGGAGCUGGUUUGCCUAUGACAAUGCCAAGCUAUCCUAUGGGAAUGCCAGUUAACCCAGCAAUGCCUAGCUAUGGUGCAACUCCCAUGAUGCCAACCAUGCCAGCCAUGAUGAUGCCUCAGACUGCCAUGGCUGCCCCACCUGUCGCUGACCCCAUGCAGAUGACAGCAACGCAGCAGGCCCUCAUCAACCAGCAGGCCUUUCUCAUGGCCCAACAGAUGACCAUGCAGGCGAUGACUCUGUCCCAGCAGCAGACACAGGAGCAGCAGAGGAAGCAGGAGCAGCAGAAGAAGAAGGAGGAGCAGAGGCAGAAGGAGCAGGAGAGAAAGCAGGAGGAGGAGGAGAGGCAACGGAGACGUCACUCUCAGCGACGGGAACGCUCACCCCCGCCUCAAUCUCCUUCACCCCCACCAGCCCGGCCAAAAGCACCUGCACCUAAACGCACCUCCAGCUACAGGAAGCCUGAGCCAGAGCCAGAAAGAGAAGUGGACUUAGCAGAUCCAGAUGACCUGCAGUCUUUCAGAGAAAAGAGGGAAUACUUCCAGCAGAUUGGGACUCCAGGCCAAUCCAAAUCCCAAAAGCCUCACCCAGCCACCCCCGGCCCACCCAGACAGCAGAAACCCUCCAAGCCAUUACCUCAACCAUCAACCCCCCCUACCGCACCUAAGCCUGAGGUGAGGCGUCUCCGCAGCCCUCCUGCCAGAGAAGCAGACCCCCCAAAAGAAGCCCCUACCCCAGCUCCCCUCACUAAGCCUCAGCCCGAACCCACCUCCAGCAUCCGGGAAAUCAUCAAACUGUACAACAGCCGACCCCAAGCAGAACCCAAACCCUUUGAGCCUGUCAGACCUCCUGUACGGCAUUUUGUAAAGAAGAGUGACCCCAAAGAGGAAGCUCUAGCCAAACUCAAAAACAAAGGACCAGUGCCACAAGAGAAGAAACAGGGGGCGCCUCCUCCGCCACUAGUCAAGCCCAAGAGGGAGCCCCCUCGUCCAAGGACCCCCUCCCCGCAGCGCUCUCCUCCCUCCACCAGGGGUCGCCGCAUCAUCUCCAGCAACAUGAAGCAGAAACAGCGCUCCCUGGGGGAUCUCUUCGGCUCACAGCGCUCCCAGGACCCUCCGCCCGCUCCCCCCGACUCCCCCCCACCUCCUCCACAUCCGGCACCCGUCCUUCGGGACAUCCCCGACCCGCCACCCAUGGCUGCCCCGUCUCUCAAUGAUGGGAUGCUAGAUGAAGACAGCAUUCGCUCCCAGCUCCACCGCUUCUCUGCUGGCGUUUACUUCUCUAACUCCAACAUGCCAGGAAAACUGUACCUACGAAAAGAAGUGUUCUACCCCAGAGAGAUGUUCAACCGGCCCUACAUCCUCAAUUUGCUCUGUGAACAGAUUAUGAGGGACACCUAUUCUGACAGCUGUUUGAGGAUCAGCAGAGAGGAGAGGAGGAAGAUGAAGGACCUGCUGGCAAAUUUCAAUGUGGGAACGAGUAUAAGCACCAUCCAGAAUGACAACAUGAAGAAGAGGAUUGUCAUCGCUGCUCGAGACAACUGGGAAAACUACUUCACCCGCCUGUUCCCUGUGAAGUCGGACAGUGGGGACGCACAGGUUUUGGGUGUGUCUCAUCGCAGCAUUCGUCUCCUAAAGGUGGUCAGAGCAUCAGGCAUUAACCCCAAACACCUCCGUCUGCUCAGGAGCUACAGCUUUGCAGAGCUGCUGUCAGUUGACCUCCAGGGUGCAGACAGAGUGGAACUAGAGCUGAAGAGUGAGGACUUGGUCCUGCAGUCGUCCAGAGCUCCUCAGAUCACUGCCAUGAUCCAGUUAUUCCUCCGGGAACUCAUCAGGGACUCCGGCCAUGUGGUUGCCCUGAAGAGUUUUGUGACAGAUGACAAAAGUCUUCUCACUCUCAGCAAGGGUGACGUCAUCAAACUGCUGCCAAUGGAAGGGCUCCAGAUAGGCUGGCGUUUUGGCACCCUGGGAGGACGCUCUGGUCUUUUCCCAGAGGACCACACCCAGCCUUCUGCGGCCCCGGACUACCAUGGCCUCCACCUUGAUCGAAGAGAUGACAGGAGGAAAAGCAUGAGGACUGCUAGACCUGCUGGUCCAGCCAAGGGCCCAUCUUCAGUUCCUGUCAUUGGAAAUGUGGGCAGCGCACAGAACUCAAUUCGGGGCUCAGUCCAUGAAUUAGAGACCCACUCAGCCAUGGCUGAAUUUGCCAUGAAAUACUUUAGAGUGGGGACUACAGGUCUGCCAGCCAGUGGAAGGAAUUUUUCAGAGACUGUUCAACACACAGAGGUCCUCAUACAGGAGUCCCUCAUUCUCUACAAUGAUCCUGAACUCAAUGAUCUGUCUGUCCAGUGCUUCACAAACCUGAUGCAGUUCAUGGGUGACAUGCCAGUGAAGAAAAAUAGCACCCACUUGGACUGCCUGAACGACAUCUUACUGUUAGGGAAGGAAAAGGAGCUGCUGAGAGAUGAAAUCUACUGCCAGAUCAUCAAGCAAACCACCAACAACCCAACCAAAGCCACCUGCACACUUGGCUGGUGCCUGCUCACCCUGGUGACCGGGUUCUUCCCCUGCUCUGCUACUCUGCAGCGCUACGUCACACAUCACCUUCAAGAAAUCUCUCAGGACCUUGAUCACCCAUACCAAGAGCUGGCCAGUGUGUCUCAGGAUAACCUUCAGCGUUGUCUCAGUUUCGGCGGUCGCCGCAACCUCCCCUCACAUGUGGAGAUGGAGGCCAUUCUGGCUGGCAAAGCGUCUCUACGAAUUCCUAUCCAGCUGCCAGGAGGAGUAGAUUUCCCCAUCAAGAUUCGGACCUUCAGUUUGGCAGUAGAUGUGGUAGCAGAGCUGUGUAAAGAAAUGGGCAUCUCAAAUCCCACAGAAAUCAAAGAGUUCUCCCUCAUCGCCAACCGACAUAUAGAAGGGAUAGUGCGUCCCAUCCAUGCUGAGGAGUAUCUGUUCGACUUCCUGAUGGAUGACGACUCCAUCGUCCUGUCUCUGAGAAGAGUGAUGUGGAGAAACCCUCUGUCCUUCAACAGUGACCUUUAUCUGGAGUUCCACUACCAGCAGCUCCUAGGUGACUACUUGAGUGGCCGGCUGACGCUUUCUCUUGCUCCAGAUGGUUCUCCACCAGUCCAGCAGAUGGCAGAGCUGUCGUCCCUGCAGCAUCUGGCUCACGGACUGACACACCUGCCCUUACUGGCGGAGGUAAAGGGGUACCUGCCACAGAACAUGCUCAGAGGUAAAGCUGAAGAGAUCCACUCCUACUGUCAGAGCCAGAUGAUCAACAUGCAGUCCAUCAGCCCUCAAGAUGCCAAAAUACAAUUCAUUGAGUGUCUGAGCACCCAGCCUCUGUUUGGCUCCAACCUUUUUUUGGCCCAGAAGGUCAGCCAGCGUGGCUUUCCCUCCCCCUGUAUGAUCAGCAUCAGCCAGGAGGGGAUACUGUUCCUACACCCCAAAACACAGGAGCGAGUGUUUCAGAUUCUCCUGGCAGACGUGCAGUCCAUGCAGACUAUCUCUCCCAAGAAAAAAGGCAAACCUCCAGCUAUGAACAUCAAUUAUGGCAAUCCAGUUCAUCCCAAAACGAUCACCAUUAAUCUGAAAGAGGCUAAGGAAAUGUGCCACAUCCUUGCUCUGAUAAUGGAAGAGUCGAUCCGACCAUCAGUCAGCAGCUCCAUUUCAAAUCGCCUGUAGACACACACACACACACACACACACACACACACACACACACACACACACGGUACUGACAAUGUCAUACCUUUUUUUAAUUUCCUUUUUUUCCUGCGACAGUGUUUCACUGAUGAAAUGGGCCGAACAGAAACAUGAAUGUGCUCACACAACGAUGCCGACGCUCUCUCCAGUGUUAUCUGAGAGGAAGUGAUGGCAUGUGUACCACUCUGAUCAUAGAACAUAAGUGAAUGCAGGUGCAGAGAUUAAACUCUCCAGUUAUUGUAUGAAUGAAUCAAUUAUUUAAAACGGCAUUCAAAUUGUAUGACAUACUUGCUGAAAUGUAAAGUUUGUUAAUCAUUAUGGGAAGUUGAUGUAAUGAUGUCAUGUAAUAUAAGAGAAUAAUUUAUAAGCAUUAAAAAAAUAUGUUGAUUCAUUUAA